AUGCCAGUGCUAUCUGAAGCUCUCUGGGAGACCUUGCGGUGUUCAAUUUGCCUAGAAACUUGCAAAGAGCCGUAUCGUUUGCCAUGCGAACACUUUUACUGCAGAGGACCCUGUCUGCAGGGUUUGCUCGAUUCAGCACAACCAACCUGCCCCAAUUGCAGAAGAGCCUUCUCCCGGGCAGACGUGGUGCCGUUCCGUACCCUCAAUAAUAUCAUGAACCUUAUUGAGACGCCUCAACAAAAUAACCAACAGGGUGAAGUGGCAAUAUGCCCAAUCUGCACUCGUCAGGUAGGGGCACCACUGAAGUGGUCGGCACACUUUGCUGAACUGGUGUGCGCUGAUUGUUGGAGCACGGGUGAAGUUUUCCGUAAAUCGAAUGUGGACGAACCUAUCCAGACAGAAUCCUCGGGUGGCAAUCGCCGCAGUGGGAUACUUACUGCCGAGCAAAAUAACCAACAAGGGAAGGAAGCAGUUUGUCCGUGCUGUCGACAAAAAAAGCCGUUGUAUAUGUCGGAGAUCUUUGUGGAACCGGUGUGCAAUGAAUGCAGGAUGUCAGGAGAAGUUGCCCUGGAACUUACCAUAAAUGAAACCAAAGUAUAG